ACCUAUAUUUGUCUCACUUUAACUUAUUGCAUCAGUUCAACAAUGCAGCUACAAAGAACAGACUAAUAGUUUUUAUCUUCAAGUAGCACGACUCUAUCAUUAGUCAGCCGUUUCGUAUUUUUAAGUUUUACUAUACAUACAACGAAUUGACAGACCUUUUUAUUUGAGAAUAAUACUGUUCACUAAUGAGUCCGGCAAACUAUAUCAUUUUAAUAGUAGAUUAAAAAUAAAAAAUUUAAUAUAACGUAAAAUUCAUGUGAUUUUGCCUAAAGUACAAAAUCAUACAGUAUAAAAUAUGUGUGUUACGUUGUUGAAAAAAUGCGGAUAGAGUGGAAAUAAUUAAAUUUCUUUGAUCGUAAAUAAGGUUAUAUAAUAAUACUCACUUGGCUCUUAAAAAUAUAUCAUAAUCAUGUUAUUCAAAGUCACAUUUAAUAUUAUUAGAAGAUCUUUGACUAGCAAUAUACGUAUGCUUCACUACUUACAAUCCAAUUUAUCAUACAAUAACAAUGCUAAGCAACAUUGUGCACAAGACCAUUGCAACUUAUAUGUAACGAAAAGAUUCAAGUCCAGCAAGAAAAAGAAGGCAGAACAAAUGAAACAAAUGCAACAAGAUGAAGGAUUUUCUGAUGAUGAAGAGAGUGUUAUAGAAGAAGAGGCACCUGCUGGUUCAAAAGUAGUCACAAUAAAUAUUCAAUCUCUUCGAUUAGAUACCAUUUCCAAAGUAGGAUUUGGUAUAUCACGCAGUAAAAUAGAUGAAGCAUUUUAUGCAAGUAAACUUCGUUUAAAUGGACAAAAAGUACUUAAAAAAUCUAAAGAGCUAGAUACAGGGGAUGAAGUUGACAUGAUCCUACAUCGAAACUUAGAUAAUUUUCUUGUUAUACAUAGAAUUGUUAUCUUAUCGAUAACUCCUGGAUCUAAUAACAUGAAAAUAAAAUUAUCCAGGGACAGAAACUUGCUAAUUGAAGAUUAUGCAGAACCAUGGUCAUCUGAAUAAUAAUAUAUUAUUAAUAAGCAAUGUA